AUGGAAAAAAUGAACGAAGAUUUAGUAAAGCUCGAUGAUGCCGGCCGUCAUCGGGUAAAUACAAUUUGCUCUACAUUUUCAAAUGCUUCUAUACAAGAACGAAAAGUCGCCUUGGGCCAUUUACUGAAUCGCUGUUGUCCCUCUUUGUUAUCUUUUGCUUCUAGUACACUAGAUACCCUUGUCCGUCUUGACUUCAUUUCCCUUCUUCCUCCCGAAAUCUCUUUCCGUAUUUUGACCUUUUUAGAUGCUCGUAGCCUAUGCCAAGCCGCUCAGGUGUGUAGACAAUGGAAGGAACUUGCCGAUGAUGAUAUAAUAUGGCAUCGGAUGUGUGAACAGCAUAUUAAUCGAAAAUGUGAAAAAUGCGGUUGGGGUUUACCUUUGUUAGAGCGAAAGCUCCUUUAUGCCACUAAGGCAUCCAUUCAAAAACGCUAUGACACCCUUACGAAACGCUCACGCCCAGAUAACGAUAAUUCCGCUAGUGCUGCAAAGCGGUUGCGCACCGAGCCUGCUCCUAUUAUUGAUUCAUCAGUAACCCAGGAAAAACAUAACCCUUUACCAGAGUGUACAGAAAAAGCUUCCUCGCCUCCUUUAAGAACGAGACCUUGGAAGGAAGUAUACGCAGAACGAUGUCGGAUAGAGUGUAAUUGGCGCCAUGGUCGAUGCCGUCAAGUUGUAAUUAAUGGACACAGUGAUGGAGUUAUGUGUUUGCAGCUUCAAAGAAAUGUUUUGGCCAGUGGCAGCUAUGACGCGACUGUUCGCCUUUGGGACCUUACAGCGUUUCGUCAAAUUGGACUACUAAAAGGACAUAGUGGUGGUGUUACUUGUUUACAAUUUGACAAAUGUAAGCUAAUUAGCGGAUCAAUGGAUAAAAGCAUAAAAAUUUGGAAUUAUCGUACUGGCGAAUGUAUUUCUACUUUACACGGCCACACCGAUACUGUUCUCUCCUUAUCUUUUGAUUCCACCCUACUAGUUUCCGGUAGUGCAGACCAUACAGUAAAGCUAUGGCAUUUUUCUGGAGGAAAACGUAUCACUUUAAGAGGCCAUACUGGGCCGGUGAAUUCUGUGCGAAUCCAUCGCGAGCUAGGUCUCGUUCUCUCUGCAUCUGAUGAUUGCUCUGUCAAAGUGUGGUCUUUAGAAACGAACAUGUGUUUAUACACUUUCAAUGCUCAUAUUGGACCUGUUCAAAGCUUAGCGGUGGCUGGCAAUCGAUUGUUCUCAUGUGCAUUAGAUGGUACAAUCAAGCAAUGGGACAUCGAGAAGUGGAAAUGUGUCCACACUUUGUUCGGACAUAUAGAGGGUGUAUGGGAGAUUGCGGCCGAUCAGCUACGUCUUGUCUCUGGUGCACAUGAUGGCGCGGUCAAAGUUUGGGAAGCUUGCCAAUGUGUUCAAACGCUGAAAAGUGAUUCUGGACCAGUGACUUCUGUGGCUCUAGGGGAUUGCGAGGUAAUUAGCGGCUCGGAGGAUGGAAAAAUUCACCUUUGGUUAUUCAAUAAUUCGAGUGACGAAGGUAAUAGUUUGAAAGUAUCUCCGUUUACCGUGACUAAAGCCGCUGAUUCCAUUGUGCGUACUCCCACGGCAGUAAUCCAGACUGUGCCUGAUGAGUAUAAUGGUUAUUCCAUAUCUGAAGUUCCUGCUAACGGUAUCGGUUUUUAA